GGUUAACCCAACCACAAACCCUUUCCUAUCGUGCCAUGCACAAGCGCGCUGGCACGGAAUGCAUUUAAUGCAAAUAUUGCAAAUGCGCAUUUAGUAAAACCGUGCUAAAGUGGGGCGAAGUCUGUUUUGCUUUGAACUUUCGACAUGAUUGCAGUAUGCGCGUAAACCGCUAUGCCGGUCUUUGCCAUUGUUUGAUUACAUCAGACCCAACAUUCAGCACAUGAAGUCAAGCUGGUGCUAAGUGCGGCGAGCCUGUACGCCAGGGCGUCGGAGGCGAAAUGGACAUGUGGAAACCACCGCAGGCCUUGCUGCUGGCCCUGCUGCUCCUCACUCCCGCCUCCCAGCUCCGAAGCCCGCACCCGCCUCCUGCCGCCGCCUCCUUCCUGCCUGGCAGCAGCGGCGCCCUGCCGUCCUCCGGGGCGGGGAAGGGCGGAGGCAGCAGCGGCGGGCCAAGCAGCAGCAGCGGAAUACGUAGCGCCGCUGCGGAAGGUUUGGCUAGCGGAGGAGCAGCAGGAGGUGGCGGCGGCGAGGGAGGCGGCGGGGGCAUUUGCACAGAUACAUGCCCGCUGGCUCGUAACGGGGUCUGCGAGGACGGAUCCCCGGUGAUACAGAGCAGUGGCGGCAACAGCAGGAGUACGACGGCAGGGGGGAUCCAGGUGGCUUGCGAUCUGGGUACGGAUUGUACGGACUGCGGGCCGUACCGCGGUGUCGUACCCGAGUGGGGCACGUCUGGCGGCUUCAAGGGCCCUAUCGACUACCUCAACCGCCGGGGGGUGCGGGUGUGGGCCCGGCGGUUGGCUUUCCCGCCGCACUUCGUCAUGGCCUAUACGGACCCAAAGGAGGACCUGGACGUGUCGGAGCAGCUGGAGCGCAGCGGCUGUCUGGAGCUGGGCAUUGUGCAGGUGUUCAACCACGUGUUGGAGUCCCGCUGUGCGCCCUUCAAGCCACCCGCCCCGGCACCCCAUGCGCACGGUAGCAGCAGCAGCAGCAGGGCGGCGGGGGAUGCAGUGGGGGAUGGGGCUGCGGGAAGCGGAGGCGGUGCAGGAGGGGCGGCAGGUGCCGGAUCAGGGGCAGCAGGAGGGGCAGGUGAGGCGGGUGCUGCCGCUGCUGCCCCCGCUGCCGCCGCCCCGCUGGUUGUGGACGUGGGCGCCAACUUCGGGUACUUCACUGUGCUGGCGGCGCUGAUGGGGUGCAGGGUGGUAGCGGUGGAGCCGGUGCCCCGCUUCCUGGCCUUCCUGCACUGGAACCUGGCAGCCAACGGCCUGCGGGCGGCCAACUCAACAACCGACUGGGGGGGCGGCGGAUCAACAACCUCCGCCUCCUCCUCCUCCGCCUCCACGCCCUCCGCCUCCUCCUCCUCCGCCUCCACGCCCUCCGCUGCCCCAUCCGCGCCUGCUGUUGUGGCGGUGGUGGCGGGGGCGGUGUCGGAUGCGGCGGGUGGCAACAUCAGCAUUGAGGCACCCAGGAGAGGCGUGUGGGGCACCGCGAGUGUGGCGGGCAUGAUAGCGGGGGUGCAGGAGGACGCCAAGCUGGAGAGGGUGACGGUUCCCGCCGUACGGUUGGACGAGCUGGUGCCCCCCGGGGAGGUCGUACUGCUCAUGAAGGUGGAUGUGGAGGGCUACGAGCCGGUGGCGCUGCGCUCGGCGGCUGGGCUGCUGGGGCUGCGGCAGCGGGGGG